ACGGUCAUGCCAUACUCGAUCAGUCUUCGGAGGCACUCACAGUUCCGGUCGUAGUCGGCGAAGGGAUGCCGGGUGCGCCGAUGCUCUUAAUUAAGCGUCCCUGGACUAAUUAAGAGCAGUGCACGGCGUACGUAAAAGCUGACCAAGCGGACACUCUGUUUCGUAUUGAUCCUGUAGUUGGCACACCGCUUAUUUUAUGCUGAUGCGGGCAUGAGUGGCGCACGUUGGGUUCAAUUGGUUUAGCGGUAAUGUUGGCUCAUCUGCAUGGUAUCUGUUAACUGUGCGUAUAAAAAGGGCGUUGAUCGCAUGACACAUACCAGGUACGUUUUCUUGUAUAGACCGAUUAUUCACCGUUUUUACCGGCGCCGGUGUUCGACUACUUAAAUUCCCGUGACGACGGAAGUGUACAGUAUAUCGGUAGUUCUCGUUCGCAGUUUGUAGCAGCUUGCUUGUUUUUAUUUACCGGGUAGAAUGCGUUUGAUCAGUUUUACUUGCUUUCUCAUUGGACUGGUGUUUGUGUCGUGCAAGAGCGUCUCCGUGGAGGCUGAUAAGACUGGUCACGGACGACGCCCAUUGGACACCUGGGCACUGUCGCGCAUGCGUCGCGACAUCGCCGGCCUGAUGUCAUCAGCCGGGGCAGCACCGUACAUGGACGCCAGCACCGGCAUGUUCGUCUAUGCCGCCAACACAGACUCCGAUGAAACCGGCAUUCCGGCAGUGAAAGCCUUACAUCAGUCCGCCGAUCCUGGACUAGAGAACAUAAUUCGUGCCUACACCAUGACGAAACGACGGGCCAGCAAGAUGAGUUGUCUGAAGAGCUGUGUCGGCAAUCAUAUUCUACAUCCAAUGCAGUGUCAUUCCCUAUGCUAACGAUGGUCCCCCAAGAUAUCGACUUUAAGAUCUUUGGCUCAUCGAAUUCGCUUGUAUGAAACAUGUAUUUUGUUAUAACGCACUCAAAGAUUUUCAUUUACGUCAGCGCGCAUGUUCAUUCCACAGUUUUUAAUUUAAGUGUCCAGUUCUGAGUUCAUAUAACAUUAGAUAAAAACGGUUAAUGAGUUUAAUUUGGGUGUAAUUACAAAUCUACUGACAAUUGAAAUGAAAUAGUAAAUGCUCGUACUGCAGGCAACCGUAGCACAGCAGCUAUGCAGUACAGUGAGUACAGUAAAUAAGUAAUUUUGGGACAGUUUGGGUUCAGCCUCGAAGACUUGUCAUCAGAGAUCGAAUUCGAAGUCAGCUGAUCUGUGUUUGUAAGUGUACAACAUAUUUACGCUUUUUAUUUGCAUUCUGGAGCUGCAACCUGCAAGCGCUUUUCGGCAUUGUCUGGAAUUA